GCGUCAACCACUCACGGCGGCGCUUCACUUUUGCCGUAAUUGGAGGUUCCGAAAACAACAAAGAGAGCAUAGGCGUUGUUCCUUUACGCAGGUGCGCAUUCAGCUGAUUGAAGUUGCAGCACUCAUAUAUAUAUAUACAUAUGUUGGCGAGCCUGACUUUCGUUUUUUAAUUCUCUAAUCACACACACACACAAGGAGUAACUCACUGUUAGCCAUGUCGCAGCGUGUAACGCCCUUAACGCGUAAUCAGCUGCUCGAGCUGGAAGCGCUCAUGCGCGGCCUCAUCACAGUCGUGACACAGCAGCAGCAGCAGCAGCAGCAACACCAUCAUCUUCACACCUCCAACACCUCCGUCUCCGCUGGCGAUCAAAGCUGGCCCUCCAGCGCAUCAUCGACGCCGGCCUCUCUCACCGCUACCGCUGCCGUCUCCGCCUUCGCUGGUCCCGCGAGCUCCACCUCGAUGGCGGCCGCAGGGUGCGUCGACGGCCCACCCGCACACGCCACGGCGGUGUCGCACGCUUUCUGCGUCGAUCACGCGGUUCUGCGCGGCACCUUCAUGGACGUCUUCACGGAUCCCCUCACGGCCACCGCGUGGCGGCUCUACGACAAGAUGCUGUACGUCGUUUGGUGGUCCUUCCGCCCCCCGUCGUGCGCGAACUGCGGAAUGCAAGACGCGUGGGUGCCCUCCGGCGACGUGGAGUUCAAAUGCGCGUUCUGCCUCGCCGGUGCCGGCACGACGCGCAGCAACGCCGUCGUGAAGGACGAAGCGGCCGCGAAUGAAGAGGCUGAGUACGGGAGUGACAGCGGCGAGGAGGACGAGAUGGAGGAAAAGGAGAAGGGGAACGGAGGAGACGGCGGUGGAGGCGGCGGGUCCGGUGGUCCGGGUGGGGGGCCCAUUGACACGUAUCUCUUCUUUUACGAGUGGUUGCAACGCAUCCCGGUGCUGGGUCCUGCCGGGGCGUACAGCACGCACAACGGAGUCGAUUCUGGUGCGCACGACGCUGGCAGUCCACAGCGGCCGUCCGCGACGGGUAGAAUGAACGCCGCACCAUCGUCCUCGUCGUUGUCGGUUGGGGCGAACUACACAGGCGGGGGAGGGGGUCGGUCCGCACCUGUGGCGCCUGGGUCCGCCGUCCCGCUUGCUAGCGGCGGCAGCAGCAACAGCAGCAGCGUCCUGCUUCCCAGCGGGGAGGCGCUGCCGGCCGUGCUGCGGGCUGCGUACGACAUGAGUUGCUUGUUGACCGCGCCAGGUCUUCCGCGUGGCACCGCACCGGUAGUUCGUGCGGCGGGGCUCUACUUGAGCCUCCUGCUGCAUCGGUAUGUCUCGCUGUUCCCCCUGUUCUGCGUUGCGGGGCGCGCAUCCUCGACGGAGGCGAAGGAAAAUGCCGCGACGAGUGCGCCGCCGUCACCGCGCGCCGAUGGGCAGCUGGCGGAGGUAGAGCUGCAGUGGAUCGACGUGGAGCUCGUCUGCGCCCUGCUCGGCGUCUCUGCCCCGUCGUUUUUUGAGUCGACCGCCGUCUCCGUCCAGCACCUGCAGAACGUCUUCACGGUCGCGGCGGGCUACGGGGUGCCGAGCGUGCUGUGGCACCCCGGACGAGCCCCGGGCCGGGUGGAGGUGAUGAAGACGCUGAAGGACAAAGUGAUCCCCCUCUGCCCUUUGCAUUCCACCACCGCCGGGGUCUCCGGACUCUGCCCCGAGCACACCGCGAUGAUCGUCGCGCUGGAGUUUGCCAGGCGGGUCGACGCGCACCCCGUCGCUGCCUCCUCCACCUCGCCCGCCGCCGCGUCGCAGAACGCGCAGCGCAUUGGCAUGUGGCUCGAUGCCCUGGGGCUCUACCCGACCCGUCGCGUGUACCGCGAUGUCGGCAGCUUUCACCACGCACGGCGCAGCGGCGAUGACGGUGGUGAUGCGAGCAGAGGGGUUACAAAAGAGGAAAGUGCGGACGAGGAGGAAGAAAAGGGCCGCAGCAACGACACGAUGCGCGCGUGGGAGAAGACGCUGACGGAGCUGGCGGCGGUGAACGACGCGCACCUCACCGCGGCAGCGGACCGACACGCGCGUCGCCACGACGCUUUGGCCGCCACGCUCGACUCAACCGUCAACAGCAACAGCAGCACCGGGAGUGCAAGCACGUCGUACCUCACCACGCCGAGCUCGCCCUUUCACAAGCACUUCGAGUGGAUUUUAACCUCCCCGUGCGCCAAUGCGCUGCUGCACGUCUUUGCAGCCGUCUUCUGCCUGACGCCGAUGGAGCUGGCGGAUAUGGCGCUGCGCAGCGGGAUUUACCAAGGACAUGCGAGCGGCUUCGUCGCGACGCUGCGCAGCGCCGUCCAGCGGGGCGCCUUCGACGUCAUGCCGCUGGCGCGUCGUCUCUCGCCGGUCGCCGCCGGGUGGGUGUCGGCGUACAUGGCGCUGCACUCCAGCGAUCGUCUACCGCUGCUCGCCGCGCUUGUGCAGCUCAACGAUGGGCAGAACUCCACGCGUGACCGCCAAGCCGCGCUGGUGCGGCUGCUGCAGAAGAUCCUGCGCAAGCACCACGCCGCGCAGCUCUAUCAACUAAACUACGUCCUUCGGGUCACCGACGAGGAUGAGAAGCACUUUAACGGUGUUUAUUUCCUCUCCAACGUGCUGUGGCAGCAGGGGCUGGCGGUAUUCACGUGCUUGCGGUCGGGCCGCAAGUCCAUCACGCUGAACCGCUUCGCACACACCCUGUCGCUGUGCUACAUGAAUACAAAAGAAAAAAUUGUGUCGCGGCUGAACAUGCACGUCGUGUCCCCGGUGGUGGCCGCCGUGGAGACAGAGGCCGCGCGGCUGGUGCUGGAGGUCGCCCUCGGCACGGUGGCCCGCGGCGUCAGCACGCACGGCGACCCGUGGGGGACGGUUGUGCGCUGCCUCGACAAGUGUGCGCGGGUACGGCGGCGCAUGCGGGUGCCGAUGCUCGCCUCCCGCCUCGACGCCCUCGCCUCCAUCCGCGAGACCGUCAGCAGCGCUGCUGGCCGCCGCUUUCAGCAGCCGCCCUCUUCCCUGCGCGGCGGCGGAGGAUCGAUGGCGAUGGGCCCCACGCUGCUCGGCUGGGGAGAAACGGAGACGCUCUUGGCGUCGGCGCCGCAGCUGGACGUGCGGCAGCUGCGACGUGACCUGCAGUGGAACUUCCUCGCCCUGCCGAACGUCUCGCUGCUGUCGGGGCUGUCAGAGAACCGUGUCGUGGCGAUGUACGCCUCGCUGGUCGGUAUUCUGGAGCUCAUUCAUAACCGCCUGUCGACCAGCACGACCGCCGCGGCAGCUCUUCUCAGCAACUGGGUCGAGGAGCUGCUCUUCGUCGAAGAGGACGAAGACGAAGACGAAAUGCCCGCCGCACACGACCUUGUUGACGGCUUCGGCGGGACGUUCCCGAUGGGGGGUGGGCGGUCCGGUCCCGGCUGGUCACCGCCGAUGUACCGCAACAGCCGCGGUGAGACCCCGAAGCUGUCGCGCAGCCCAAAAUCAAAGUUUAUCGCGGUGUCCACCUCCACCAACACCACGAGCGGCAGCGCGGCGACGUCGGUCUUCGCAACGACGCACUACGCAACACACAACCGCAGUCGCAGCACGCUGACGACGACGACGACGUUUGCGCGAGAGCCGUACACGAUGACGCCGCCCUCCAUGGCACCCUCCCGCAGCCCGGUACUCCGAACUGUGACCACAACAGCUAGUGCUACAAUGACUUCAACUCCACCUCUUUCCACUGUGCGAGCACCGCAGGGGGGUUCGAAGGGCAGCUACAACACAUCGGUGUCUGCCUUUGCCUCCUCGUCUCAUAUUGCGGUGUCCACGCCGAUUAGUCGCGUUCACGCACCACCGUUAGGAAUGGGAGGCGGCCCGAGCCUUACACCGCCGCUGCAGCCAUGUACAUCCGGUGAGGUGAACCGCACGUCAAGCGGAGUGCACACAAACAGAAACAGUAGCGGCAGCGCGGACCUCUGGCACGGCGAAGGCGUCGAUGUCGUGCAAGCUGGGCAGCUGCCCGACUUGGAGUUGUCGGCGAGUACGGCGGACGUGGAGAGACGGCUCUCGUCAGGUUCCAAGAGGGCUCCGCCACUACAGCGGCCACAGCAUCGUGCCGGCCGUCGCCGCCAACGCGAGCGCGCGGACGACGGUCGGGACGAAGGAAGUAGAAAUGAGACGGCGGAGGAGGACGGGAGCGAUCAAGACGAGGGCAAAGACAGCAAAGUGAACCAGCAGCAGCAGCAGCUGCAAGAGCAGCAAGAGCAGGUACUACGCCUUCUCCGGCAGAUGCUGCCACCGUACUGGGAAGUGUUACUGGGGCUGACGACGGACCUCGCGCUGCCGAAUGCUACUGCCGGUUCUCCCCCGUCCGCAACAAACACCCGCGCCGGUGUGCGCGGCGAGUUAGUCGAUGAGGAAGACGAUGGAGAGAGCGAGGGAAGACAGGGUGGGGUGGGCGACGAUGCACGACGCAUGGCAACGCACGCCCGCGAGCGACGUCUGCGCAGACAGCAGCAACAGCAUCAUCACUAUCCACAGAACAGUGGCAGCAGCGGCAGCGGUGGUGAUCGCACGACUCGCGCUGUAGCAGCGGCAACUGCGCGAUCAGGCGAAAAAGAGAGCAACGCAGCAACGACGUCAAGGGCAGCGGCAGCAAUGGCGGCAGGGCUGCGCAGUGAAGUUGGGGUGGCGCACCGUCCGUUUAACCUGUUUGACGCGGAGGAGUGCCGCCGUCGGCUGCACCGCCUCUACACCUUCAUCGGCGCGUAUAUUCAGUGCAAGCUGCAAUGUCAGGAGCGGGCCGCGGCGGGCACACUGCCCAGUUUUCCUGAAGGGAAGAACGUCACGUCCCCGCCGCAGACCCGCGUCAUCGGAGCAUCGAGCAAGCCCUCCGCCGCAGCAGCUACAACUGGCAGCCCAAUCCCAUCCAUUCGGGGAGCAGCGGGGGAAAAGGCAGCGGCAGGGGUGAAGGGUGAUACUAAUAGUAUUAAUGGUAAUGGUCGCCGACUGCGCUCCCCGCACGUGCACCUCACGCCCCCUCCGCUGUUCAACCCGCCUGCCGGUCCUCAGCGAUCACCGCCGCAGUACCGUCGGUCGUCGCCACCAUUUGCAUUACAGCAGCCACAGCAGCAGCAGCAGCCGUCACCGCCGCACUCACCGGAGCCACGCAACAGCACCGUCAGUGCGGCACCGCGGCCAUCACGACAGAGUGGUGGCGGCGGUGGCACCUCCCCUGUUCCACUGUCUCCAUCCCCCGCGGCGGCGCCUCGUAAGAGCGGGGCAGACGGGGGAAGCCCAAAGCAUCAGCAGCAUCGGCCGCCCGCGACGCCGCCCACGCAGCGCUCUCCCCCGCUGCAGAGCAAACGUAUGCGUGGCACAGACAAGAGCGGCGGUGGUGGACGGGAGUCGCACUCGAAGGUCGGACGCGAGGAGACGGCGGCGGUGGUGGUGGCGUUGGUGGACGAUGACAACUUCUCGCUGCCGCCUUCGGAAGUCACGUGGGCGAACAGCAGCAACGAGCAACAGCAGCCGUCCCGUCGCGCAACGCGGGACGGCGAGAGAGGUCGCAAAGAAACGACAGAAAGGCGUCGCCUGCGCCAGCAGCAGCAGCAGCUACGAGCAGCCUCGAGCUCCGCCACUUCCUCUGAUACGGAGAGCGAAGGAGAGAAAGAGUCUUUGAGGUCGGCGGUGUCUCCGCCGCCGCCGCAGACAUCGUCCCCACGCAAGCGCGUGCGGGGCGGCAGUGAAAGCGGCGCAGACGCUACGGCCUCGGACGACGUCGAUGAUGACGGCAACGCGGGGCUCGACGGCCCAAAAAGAGAGCAAAUCGUUGACCACAGCGGUGCGGACGGCGACGCAGACGACGACGCACCGCCCCCGCCUCCGCUGCAGCAGCCGCAGACGCUGCGACGCAAGGCAAAGAAGCUCGGUCGCCGUCGUCGUCGUCAAGAACAAAGCUACCAGCACCCACCACCUCAGCAACAGCAGUCGCCUACACAUGCCCAUCUCGUGCCACGCAGCAGCAGCAGCAGCAGCAGCAGCACGAACACGAGCAGCAAGGAACCAAGUCGCUCACCAGAUAUCCGCGCGUGGCGCAACGGCAAGAUAUCGGGCAGCGUCUCCCCGCUGGACACGUCACCGGCGCUGCCGCCGCGGCCCAGCAACGCGGACUCCGUGGUGAAGCAAAAGCCACGCACGAGCAACCCGGCUACUCCCGCGCAAAACACAGUACCUUCCAUUCGUGGUCGUUCGACCCGCGCCUCGGAAGAAACUGCCACGUCCUCUGCGUCGGAUUCCGGGAGGAGUGCGGGCUACGACACGGAUACAAACUAA